AUGAAGAUAGACAAAUUACGAUCGAUCCGAGAGGGACAACGCAAAGUUAUAGAAAUUCAACUCCAGAAAAUCGAAAAUGCAAAAGAUAGUUCGUCGAUGUCGGAAUUUCGUGCUAUAUUAGAAUCUGUGACUGGCAAAUUCGAGAAUCUUGUAUCACUGAAUGAGAAAAUACUUGAACAGACAGAAAUCGCUGAGAUUGAAGAAGAAAUCAUUAACAGUGAAGAAUAUUCAUUAGCGAUACAGAUCAAACUUCGUGAAUUCCAAGAAUUCAGUGAAAGUCGUGAAAAGUCGUCACAAAAUCAAAGUCAGAGAAAUAAUUCAUCAACACCUGGUGAACAGCAGACGAUAAUUGUACAGGAUAGAAAUAGUGCGAGUUCGACGCAAUAUUCCCGCCUUCCAAAAUUCUCAUUACCUACCUUCAACGGAAACAUCUUAGAAUGGCAAGCUUUUUGGGAUUCAUUCAGUUCAGCAGUGCAUUCAAACCAGAAUUUAACAGAUGUGCAAAAAUUUAAUUAUUUACGUUCACAACUGGAGGAUGAAGCAGCUCGGAAAAUAGAUGGAUUUGCCCUAACGAACGCUAACUACAGUAAUGCAGUUGAAUUAUUACAUGAACAAUACGGACAGAAACAUAAGAUAGUGCAUGCUUACAUACAGUCUCUUCUACAUCUUCCGUCGCCUAGCAACACACUUCCAAGCCUGAGAGGUUAUUAUGACAAGCUAGAAACAUACAUCCGGGGACUUCAGUCACUUGAUCAGCAUGAGGAUUCAUUUGGGACGUUCUUAGUGCCUGUGAUAUUUGACAAACUUCCGGCAGAAAUACGUAAGAACUUGGCACGUGAACAUAAAGGCAGAAAUCUAGAAUUACAUGAGAUGCGCCGCGCUAUCUACGAAGAAAUCAACGUAUUAGAAGCAGGUCAGGUCAACAGUAACUUGUACUUGCAUGAAACACCAGCCACGAUGUCAUUGUUAACUGGUUCAGGCUUUAGACCACGUGCACGACAGGAUAGGGAUAAGAAUCACGUGCGUCCACAUCCACAUCCACGUACACAACAACAACAACAACAACGUUUUACAAACGCUAAGGUAUGUGUAUUUUGUUCAAGCAAUACGCACUUUGCUAAUGAUUGUAACGUUAUGAGGGACUACGAAUCCAGAAUCGCAGUGGUGAAAAACAAACGUCUAUGUUUUAACUGUUUGGGAACACACCAAGUAUUUAACUGUAAGUCUCAGAAAAGAUGCAGAAACUGUCAGAAAAGACACCAUACCAGUAUAUGUCAGAACUCAUCUCAAGUUCAACCGCCAAUACAGACGUCUUCAGCAUCUGCAGUCAGUGACAACCAGCUACAACAUCAGACUGCAGCGUUGCAUACUUACGAUGAUAUCACGUUUGAGCAGACGACAUGUGAGCAACAAACGCCGUACGUGCUGCUUAAGACAGCGAUAUCUCCCGUAACAUGCGGUAUCAUUUCAGCAGAUACUAACAUUCUUUUCGAUGAGGGUUCUCAAAGAUCAUUUAUCACGAGAGAGCAUGCAGACAAACUUAGACUUACAUCCACGGGAACUUUGCACUUGGCGAGUUUUGGAAAUUCGAAGAAUGAAGUGCGCCACCUAGACACUGCCACAGUGUUUUUGAUUACGUCAACCAAAGAGAAAAUACCGAUUAAUGUGCUGAUAGUACCAACUAUAGCAGUACCGUUUCAGAAAUACAACAAAAAUGUUUCCCACUUACAGCACUUGAAAGGUCUCAAAUUAUCGCAUCCGCUGACAGAAGACACAACGUUCGAGGUUCAACUUCUCAUUGGUGCAGAUUACUAUUGGAGAAUCGUUGAAGACAACAUCAUCCGAGGUCCAGGACCUACAGCAGUCGCUUCCAAGAUUGGCUAUCUUCUGUCCGGUCCCGUCCCUUUUCAUGCGUCAUCUAGCAGAGCCACGACUAGUUUAACAUUGAAUGUUAUUACGCAGUCACCCAAAGAUAUUGACCUAGAAAAUUUUUGGAAACUUGAGAGCCUUGGUAUUCAACAGAGCGAAGAUGAAAUCCCAGAGAGGAGUUACAUGACAGAGUAUCAAGACACGUCAAUUACGUUUACUGGUGACAAGUAUGUAGCGAAAUUACCCUGGAAAUUAGACCACCCCGCCCUUCCCACUAACUACGGCAUCGUGAAACGCCGAACUGAGACAUUGGUCAGUAGAUUACGUCAAGACCCUGUGACAUUGAAACUUUAUGGAGAUUUUCUUCACAUUGUAUUACACGAAAAUGACCGAGACAUGACGAGAUUUCUUUGGCUUUCAGACCCAACCAAUCCAGAGAGUGCACUAAAGACUUAUCAGUUUAAAUCUGUACUUUUUGGCGCGGUAUGUUCUCCAUUCAUUUUGAACGCAACACUCUUGAAACAUCUACAGAGAAACGCAAAUACAUGGGUCAGUAAUAGACUACAGAGUGACUUAUAUGUAGAUAAUACGGUGCAACAGCUUAUAUUUGCUGAAGAAAUCACUCAUCAUUAG